AGGUCCUCCAUCAUAACUCCUAUGAUCCAGGUGCUUCUUGGAUCCAAGUAUUUCCUUUCGAUGUCAAUAAACCAGAUCUCGAUCUUUUGUUUUUUCCCCAAAUGUGCAGGGAGACGUGGUUCAUACCAUGGACCAGGCUACGCUUCCCCAUUGGAUGCCAUGAAAGGUCCCAGAGAAAAGCUGAUAUACAUACAGUGUUCGUUAACCGGAACUGAGUCCCGGCAACCUGACUAUUUGGCCACGGUGGACGUGGAUCCGGAAUCACCACAUUAUUGCCAGGUCAUUCACCGCUUGCGCAUGCCUUACCUGGAUGAUGAACUCCAUCACUCAGGCUGGAAUGCCUCCAGCAGAUCCUUCGGGGACACGAGCAUUGAGCGCAACCGCCUUGUCCUACCAUGUCUACGCUCCGGACGCAUUUACGUGGUGGACACAGGCUCCGACCUAUGCGCUCCCAGCUUGUGCAAAAUCAUCGAACCCCAUGAAAUCAUCAGGAAAACCAACCUGAGUUUAUUAAACAGCACACAUUGCUUGGGCAGUGGGGAGGUUAUGAUCAGCGCCAUUGGAGACACAUUUGGCAACGGAAGAGGUGGACUUCUCCUUCUGGACCCGGAAACCUGGGAAGUGAAAGGGACCUGGGAGUGUCCGGAAGACGGACCUGUCCAAAUGAGCGACUUCUGGUUCCAGCCGCGGCACAAUGUCCUCAUCAGCACUGAAGCAGGGGUGCCCAAGUUCUUUAUCGAUGGGUUCAAACCAGAAGAUCUGAGAAAAGGGCGUUACGGCCGCCACCUCAAUGUCUGGGACUUGACUACCCAUCGCCUCCUCCAGUCGAUCGAUGUGGGUGAAGAUUCAGACCCACUGGAGAUCCGAUUCUUGCACAACCCCAACUCGGUCCAUGGUUAUGUGGCCUGCUUACUGGAGAGUUCCAUCCACCAUUUCUUUAAGACAGAGGACGGAUGCUGGGCGGCUGAGAAAGUGAUCCAAAUCCCAAACAAGAAAGUAUCAGGAUGGAUCUACCCUGAAAUGCCAGGAUUCACUUUUGAUAUCCUCAUCUCUCUGGAUGACCGGUUCCUCUACUUAAGCAACUGGAUCCAUGGUGAUGUCCGGCAAUAUGAUAUCACUGACCCGCACUGUCCCAAACUGGUCGGGCAGGUGUUUGUGGGGGGAAGCCUUCAGAAAGGGGGUCCCGUGACUGUCCUUGAGGAUCCGGAGCUGGACUGUCAACCCGAUCCCUUUGUGAUCCAGGGCAAGAAGGUCCAAGGAGGAUCUCAAAUGAUGCAGCUGAGCUUGGACGGCACCCGUCUUUAUGUUACCAACUCUCUUUUGACUCCUUGGGACAAGCAAUUUUACCCCAAGCUGAUCAGGGAAGGUUCGGUCAUGGUCCAGCUGGACGUGGACACCGUGAAGGGCGGCCUUUCCGUGAACAAGAACUUUCUGGUGGAUUUUGGGCAUGAGCCGUUUGGUCCAGCUCGAGCACACGGCAUGAGCUUCCCCGGUGGGGAUUGCACCUCUGAUAUCUGGGAGUAACGUGCCAUAUUGGUGGGGGAAACACUCCACAAAUUGUGGUCUAUCCAAUAUUUCUCGUUUGCUGUCUCAAUCCCUUGGAAAUCAUGCCAAAAAGGUCAACACCGGACAUACCACGAGUAGUAUAUCUCCACAUCAUUCUCUGGAUGUCCUUGGGGCUGCUCUCUGCCUGCUUCCUCCUUUCUUCAGCUCUGAGAGGGACUACCUUACAAUAUCUCCAUGGCAAGGCUCUGGCAUUGUUGGGUAGGCUCUCUUUCUGGCUCUUUCUUUCCUUUCUUCCUUUUCCUUCUUUCUUUCCCUUCUUUUUCUCUUUCUUGCCUUCCUAGGUGCGCAAGGGCUUUUAUAAGGUGGGUUCUGUAGAGGCUGAUCCUGUUAACAAAUAAACUGCUAUUUGAAAGAUAAUAAGGCUUUUCUUUGAAAUAAAGGUGUUCUGUCA